AUGACCAAGAAACAUUUUGUGAAAAACAAAAAUACGGGAGAAAAAUAUCGACUCGAUGGUUUUUUAGAAUCAAGCAGUCCUCCAGCAAGUGAACAGUUAAAAAAAAAGUUUACUGAUCAUAUUCAGCUAAAACCUGAUCAACUUCCGCCUAGAGUCGAUCUUCGUAAACAAAUGACUCCUAUUGAAAAUCAAAAUCCACUGGGUACUUGUCUAUCGUGUGCUUUUGCAGGAGCUUUUGAAUAUUUAUUAAAAGACAAUAGUGGAAAACAUAUUGAUGUCAGUAAGUUAUUUAUUUACUACAAUGCUCGAAAAAAAACAGGUAAACCAAUCCAAGAUAAAGGUAGUAAUAUAACAUAUACUCUGGAAACACUAAACGAAAUUGGUGUUUGUCCGGAAAGCGCUUGGAAAUACGAUAUUGAAAAAGUCAACGAACAACCAAGUGAUGAAGCAUACGAAGCAGCUAAGAAUAACAAGAUAACUAGUGCAUUAGAAGUCAAUCAAGAUUUAACUGAAAUGAAAACAUGUCUAGCACAAGGAUACCCAUUCGUAUUUAGUGUGCGAUUAUUUGAUCAUUUUUUCGGAACAGGAAAAGAUGGUGUUGUACGAAUGCCAGCACCAACAGACAAACAGGCAACAGAGCACAAUAGACAUGCAAUGGUAGCUGUUGGAUAUAGUGAUAACACAAAAGAAUUUAUUGUGCGAAAUUCAUGGGGAACAAACUGGGGUGAUGAAGGAUAUUGUUAUAUACCAUAUACUUAUAUGACGGAUAGCGAAUUAUGUUUUUACAGAUGGGUUGUUCAAGAAAUGGAUACUGAUAUGAUCGAGGGUGACCAUCGUAUGGAGGACGAUUCGACUGCUCUGCAUCCAGAUGAUGAAGAAGACGACCACACGGAGGAGUUUGAAUAUAUAGAUGAAGGAGAAGCUGAUGAAGAAGCAGAUGGUGAACAGGAGGAACCCCAACAAGAAGAGCAAGCUGAUCCUGACAACCAAUAA